CGGGCGGCCAAGAUGGCUGCCGCCGCCGCAGCUGCUGCCGGGCGUCACUGGCUGAGGAGCUGCUGCCAGCUGCGGGUGCCGGUGCGAUGGAGGGGCCAGGCCACGGCCGCCGCCGUGACCCAGAGCACCAAGCCCCACGUCCAGCCCCAGGAGAGGAAACCUAAAACAGGAAUCUUGAUGCUGAACAUGGGAGGCCCAGAGCGGCUGGAUGACGUCCACGAUUUCCUGCUGCGUCUCUUCCUGGACAGAGAUCUAAUGACCCUUCCAGCUCAGAAUCAGUUAGCUCCGCUCAUCGCCAGGCGCCGCACCCCCAAAAUCCAGGAGCAGUACAGCAGGAUCGGCGGGGGCUCCCCCAUCAAGAAGUGGACGGCGGUGCAGGGAGAGGGCAUGGUGAAGCUGCUGGACAGCAUGUCUCCUCUCACUGCUCCUCACAAGUACUACAUUGGAUUCCGGUACGUGCAUCCCCUGACGGAGGAGGCCAUCGAGGAGAUGGAGAGGGACGGCAUCCAGAGGGCCAUUGCCUUCACCCAGUACCCCCAGUACAGCUGCUCCACCACAGGAAGCAGUUUAAAUGCCAUUUAUCGCUACUAUAAUGAGAAAGGGGAGAAGCCAAAGAUGAAGUGGAGCAUAAUUGACCGGUGGCCCACACAUCCCCUUCUCAUUCAGUGCUUUGCUGAUCACAUCCAGAAGGAGCUGAACCUGUUCCCAGCAGACAAAAGGAGAGAGGUGGUCAUCCUCUUCUCAGCACACUCGCUGCCCAUGUCUGUGGUGAACCGUGGUGAUCCGUACCCUCAGGAAGUGGGAGCCACUGUCCAGAGGGUCAUGGAGAAGCUCAACUACUCCAACCCUUACAGGCUUGUGUGGCAGUCCAAGGUUGGGCCAAUGCCUUGGCUCGGUCCCCAGACAGAUGAGACCAUUAAAGGGCUGUGCCAGCGAGGAAAGAAGAACAUGCUGCUGGUCCCAAUAGCAUUUACCAGUGACCACAUUGAAACCCUGUAUGAACUGGAUAUCGAGUAUGCCCAGGUUUUGGCCAAUGAGUGUGGCGUUGAAAACAUCAGAAGAGCAGAGUCUCUCAAUGGAAACCCACUGUUCUCCAAGGCCCUGGCAGACCUGGUGUGCUCCCACCUGCAGUCCAACGAGGUGUGCUCCCGCCAGCUGACCCUGUGCUGCCCGCUCUGCGUCAACCCCGUGUGCAGGGAGAGCAAGGCGUUCUUCACCAGCCAGAGCUGCGAGCCCUGAGGUGCCACAGCCCUGGGGACCUGCCCCAGGCGAGGACCGGCCCUGCCAGCGCUCACGGGCUGCUGGGCUCUGUGCUGCUAUCUCCCGUAGCAGCACGGAGAACUUCACUUGGGGUUCAUCUUUCUUCUGUUUUCUUUGUUUGAGAGGAGCUGUAGGAAGUAGGGAAAUAAGGGCAUUUAUCCUGUCAGGUGUGAGGAGAUCUCGUGUCACCCGACCCCGAUGGGACUUAGCGUGAGCCCAGCAGUAAGCACUGAAAACUCACACAGCUUUUUUACAAUUAGCUUCUAUAUCUAUGCAGGGAUUGAUUUGUAUGCGGGGUGGUCACGAGUGCAUUAACUUGCCAGGUCAAAGGUGCAGUUAUUUUGGUUUUGUUGCUUAAGGUGCAGUCUGAGCAGCACAGUCUGUUGUCUGUUUUGAGAGGGACUUUGCAGCUGGCUUUGGACACUUUGGAGAUCAGGUGACUUCUAUUGCUUUUUAAUAAUGUUUUUAUAUAUAUAUAUAUAUAUUUAUUUUUUUUAGAACAUAAAGAUAAGGCUUUGUUUUGGUUUGGUUUUCUCCUGCCAGAAACUUCCGGUGAAAGCUUAGCUGGGAUAGUAGAACGCACAAAACUUGUUUACAUUUUCUAGGAAAAACAUUUUCAUUAUCUGCAGGCAAGUAUUAGAAGAGCAUAAAUUGAAAGGAAUUAGCCUGCUUGGGUGAUAUUGGAGAAUUUGCUCCAUUGAACCUUCAUGUUUCAAGGCUAGCAGGAGCAUGUGUGGAAACAUGCUGGCUUAUCUGUUAAGCAGAAUGGCUUUUAAAAUUUCUCUUAUUUUUUAUUAAAAAGGGCUUUUUCUGUUUGGUGAAGUAAAUUUAUGAAGUCAGGCUUGUUCUCCAGGAGGUUUAUAGAUCCACUCUGUGCUUUCUACUGUGGUUUUGUGGGGUACCUAUGGAGUGCCACAGGUAGGAUUGAUCUGGCUUAAUUGCUGUUAUUUAAAUGGAGAUGAUCAGUCAGGGGUAAUUUCCAGUUUCACAUUGCAGAUGCCUGAGAACAGGCAGCCCUCUGCUGGGCUCUUCUGGAAGCUGCCAGCCCACAGCAGGGCCAAGCUGGCAGUGCCCUGGCACUGAGUGUGCCCCUGGUACCCACAGGGUCCCCCCAGAGCUGUGGCCCUGGCACUGAGCCGUGUGUGUGGCAGCCCAGCUGGCACCUCCUUGGGGCACACGUUUACUUGAUGUCCUUAGCACUGAAAUGCCAGGACCUGGGCACUGCAGGCUGGCUCCUGGGAAUUGCUGGUGACUGGGAAGCAGAUGCCAUCCUGCUCAGCCAGGUUGAUCUGCUCAGGUAACCAUGAGGCACGAGCAGUUUGGACCUCUGGUCUUUUGAGAACAGGGUGAUUAAAGAGAGAAGAGGCCUCUGGUGGUAUAUCGGGGGUUUGUCUUGUUUUGUUUUGUUGUUGGAGUUAAAGAAGGGGUACUAAAGGAAUGGAUGGAUGCUGUGUUGAGCACCCAUGGAAUGCUGUGAAUCCCUAAUACCUCUGGAGAGUUGCUUGCUCCAUUGCCAUACCUGCUUGCCAGGGUGAGACAGAUUCCUUCAGUGCCAGAACCUCCUGCAGCAUGCUGUCCUUCACAGAAAGGAGUCUUCCUUGACCCUUCAUGCCUGUGCCUGUUUCAGUGGCAGGGAGACAGAAGCUUCUCUUCUCCUUCCUAUCCCUCCCCUUGGGCUCUGCUCGCUGCCUGGGCAGGAAGAAGGAGCACAAAUGUCCAGGAUAUCUGGGAACACUGGCCUUAUGUCUCUUGUUGGACAAAGAACUUUUCUCUGUUUCAUUUCUCUGUGUGACACUUAGGGAUCAGUCUGUCAAAUCUUCGUACUCACUCCUGUUGCCUCACAGCUGGAGGGAGCAUGGACCUUCAGGUGGUCCAGGCUGUGACCACCACAUUCACAAGUGUGGGAAGCAAAGGUUAACUUCAUGUGAACCUUGUGGUGUAAAUACAGAUGGCUUUUCAUUUUCAUACUGGAGAGAGCCCUGAAAAUACUAGCUGGCACUGACUCUGAGACAUUACAUUUGUCCCCAGUAAUAAAAGGUACUUAAAAUUCACUUUUGAGUGUUCUAACCACAAAUGGGAUAAUUACUCUGUUGCUGUUAUUACACCAUCAUGUAGAAAUCACUUAAUUUUCCAGCUUUUAGCAGAUGGGGCCUGUCUCACAGAGCUGAUGCUGCUGUUUGAUGUCAGAGUAGUUGUCAUCAAGGUUUUUGAGGAGUUCCUCAUCUCUCAAGCCAAUGCCCAGCAGGUUGGGUGAGUGUCUGCCCUGAGGAGAGAUGAAUGCCAUGGUGCAUGUGCCUUGCUGAGCCCUCCUCAGUGCAGUCCCAUGGAGUGUGCAGCUCACUCUGCCCUGCAGGUGUUCCCAGUGCCCCCCUGGCAGGCUGGAAACUUCUAGUGCUACUGACCCUGGGCCUGGUGUCCCUGGAUCUGGGAGGCUCUGGUCCCUGCCCAGCAGUGCAAGGACUGUGCAGUGCACUGUUCUGACCAGUGCACUCCUUUGGGAGGCUCUGGUCCCUGCCCAGCAGUGCAGCUGGGCUGUUCUGAGCAGUGCACUGCUUUGGCAGCACUGCAGCUCCCAGUGCUGCUCAGGCACAAAUCCCUGGCAGAGGGCAGGCAGUGGGAGUGAGCCUGGGGGAUCCCUGCAUCCCAAGGAUUCCUUGGUGAGAGCUGCGUCCUCAGGCUGGGCUGGAGCUGUGGGGGGCUUUGGGGAUGGCAGGGGGUCACUGCCCUCCUGCCCCAGGAGUGAGCUGCCCAGGGGAUCUGCCCACCAGAACUCCCAGCACUGUGGAGCUCUGGCCUCAGGAUAUUGACUGGAAAUGGAGGAGUUAGGAACAUCCCGUGGUGUCCUGAGGGAAGAAAUGGGAAGGAAAGGGGUGAGGUUGUUUUCCUGCUUUCACACUCUGCAGUUUGGCUUAUUUUUUCAUUAUUGAGUGAUAUUUUUCUCUUUUGAGUUUCUUUUUACCCUGUCCCUCGGUCCUGGCUGCAUUUCAGAGAAGGUGGGAGAUUCCCAAGGGUGCUGUGACACCAGAAGGUGUGUGGAUAAUGUCAGAGCUGGCCUCCUGCCAUCCCCUGGAGAGGAGGAGGGCACAGCUGAGUUCAGUGGGGCCAGGGUUUCCCUAGGAGUACCUAAAAGCUUAGUGAAUUCUCCCUUCCCACCAGAGAACUGGGGAUCACCAUGAAGUGUAAGCUGCAAGGCAGAGCAGCUCCUUUGAUUUUGUUAAUGCCAGACGUGUACAGAUACUUGCUUUAAACCCAACAUAUGCAUUUCAGAUUGACUAAGGACUUCCAUUUGAUGUAAGACAGUAAAUUUGGAUAACCCUACUAUGUGUCAUUUGCCGUAAGGAUGGAAUUCCAAUUAAAGCUUUUUUGUAGAAAUAA